CUGUUGUAGAGCUCAUAUUGCAUGUGGACUAAAGAACAACCUGACCUGAUUCCUCUGUGGGCCUGCAGCACUCUGACUGAGACUGAGACCUGCUACAGCUAAUGUCAGUUAGCCUGCACUGAAAUUAACCAGCCAUGGCUGAGAGAGCCAGUCCGACUGAUCCUGGGGAGGAAGAAGAGGAGCUGGGAGAAGACAAAGACACUCACACCCAUGCUGAUCAGCAGGAAGACACUGUCCCAGAGCAGGACCACCUGGACGAGGAUCAGCAGCAUCCAAACCAGCCUGAGGAGGACCAUGAAUGUCCAGGCUGCCAGUCUUUGGGUGUGCUGACGCUGCCCUGUGGACACAAACUCUGUCAGUCAUGUAUCCAAGUGAGCCAGGAGGAGCUUGGUCAGACCGGCUGCACCAUCUGCUACGGAUCCCAACUGAUGGACUCAGUCCUGCGCUCUCUCCUGGAGACUCUGUUCCAGGGACAGCCCAGGAGAAGAGGAGUCACACCUGGAACAGGAGGGGAGGGCAUCCUGGCAGGGGAUUAUGGAGGGAAAGCUGAGGAAGAGGAAAUGUGUGUGCAGCAUGGAGAGAUGCUGAAUGUGUUCUGUCUGGAGGAAGAGGAGCCAAUCUGCUCACAGUGUGAGACAGAUGAGCAUGAAGACCAUCAGAGCUGCUCCAUUCAAGAGGCCAUCCUCGACUGUAAGGUCAGACAUCAGAUUCAGGACGCUGACCUAAAUAGUUUGGCUAAGUUGCAGCAGCAGGAAUGAAAAGAGCCUUCCAUGAACCUCAUAUCACAGUCUGUCUGAGUCUGUAUUUUUGGGCGAUGUCUUUAUUGGUUGGGGAAGGGCUCUCUUAUGACCAAUGCAAACUUAUGUGACAUUAUCCAAUGGGAGCACAGAGUCUUCUGCUUAUGUACGAAGGUCAAAAGUGUGAACAAACAAACUGUAAAGUGAAAGAAGAGAGAUGAAGUUAGAGGGAUGUUGUCUAGCUCUGGAGACAGCAUCCCUGCCUUUAUGAUGUGUUGUCUGACGGUCCUCUUUGCAGGCAUCAUCUAGUAUCUUGGUCUGGUUUCACAAAGUUAUCAGAGAUGCCCAUCUUCAGUUUAUAUAUUUCUGCAUGUUAAUUAUUUGCAGAUCACACUCCUCAUGCAUAUUACAAUGCAUUUGAUGUUUUGUCUGCAGAGAGAGCUGAGGUCUGCAAUCAGAAACCUGCAGGAGCAGCUGGACAGUUUAACAACUAUCAAACAAACCUGGGAGGACUCUUCAGCUCACAUUAAGGUUCUGCAAAUGGGAGGAUUUGUAGUUUUCAAAAUGUCAUUGUAGACAUUAAAUAAACCCUCUAACGUGAUAUUUUCUAAUUUGCUGUCAGAGCCAGUUGGUCCAAACAGCUCAGUUCUUAAGAGAGGAGUUUGAGAAGAUGCAUCAAUUCCUCAGUGAAGAAGAGGCCUCUCUGAUGUCCCAACUCAAACAGGAAGAAGAAGAGAAGAGUCAGAAGAUGAAAGAAAAGAUCGACAGGAUCAGUGACGAUAUACACGUGCUGACGACCAGUAUCAGAGAGACUGAAGAGGCCAUGGGCUUAGAUGACCUGGUCUUUCUAAAGGUAAUAAGCAGAAACUCACAGACUGUCACUCUUUACCAUUCUGAUGGGGAGAACAUGUGUCUACAUGCAGGUGGCUAUUAUCCAAAAACUUUAGGUUCAUGAGUUUGUUCUGGAGUUCUUCUUUUUUUGGGGAGGUUUGAAUCUGCUGUCAAUUCUCUGCUCUCCAUGACUAGAGUAAACUCACAGAUAACCUGUAUCUCCUCCAUCUCUUACAGAACUACAAGAAGGCCUGUGAAAGGUGAGUCUCUUCAGAUCAUUCAAUGCUUAGUGCAUUUUCAUCAACCUUUAUUGUUUGUUCUAAAACACUUCAGCAAUGCAUUUUCUUUUAUUUCCCCCUUUUUUUAAGCUGCAAACCUCAACCAUUCCCAGUUUUCUACCUUUGAGUUAGUUCACAGAACAUUCAUCCACAUAUAUUGUCCAAAUAAAAAUAAUUACAUUUUUAAAACCAUCUUGAAACAGCUAAGACAGGCGAUCUUUAGUCCCUGUUUUUGUCUCAGAGCUCAGCACAGGGUAGAGGAGCCUGAGGAGGAAUCUGGAGCGCUGCUGGAUGUUGCCAAACACCAGAGCUGUGUGCAAUACGACGUCUGGGACAAGAUGCAGAAGAUCAUCCAGUACUGUGAGCAAAAUCCUGAUCCUGUGUGCAUGAAAAACACAUCUUAUUUCAUCAUUCAGUUCCACUUUUAUGAGCAUAGAUGACUGUGUAAGUUAGGUGGCUUUUGUUACCAAAAAAACUAAAAAGGAUCCAAGAUUAACUGGACCUCAGUAAGCCAAACCCUCUUCCUGCUGCUACCUGGAUUUUGCAGUGAUGAGGGCCAGCCAGCUCUGACCCCCUUGUGUGGUUAUGUAGACAAAAUCAAGGAAGAGCACGGAAAUACUUUAUCAUCAUCAUCAAGAGCCUGUUUCCACUGAUAACAUUGUAUGUGUUCUCAGUACCCAGAAUCCUCAGUUUUAGAGCUCUCCUUACCAGUGCUUACUGAAAGUUGUCUUGCAGUUUCCACUUCUUUGGUGGUGACCAUGAUGUCUGCAUGCUUCAUAUUAACUUUUCUUAAUGUACAUGUUCCUCAUUUGUAGCAGUUUUAGACGUGGUAGUUGUACCCUUGAACAGACUAGUCCAGAAGGUUUCUCAUCUGCAUUUCUUGUUGACGAAGCUGGCAUCAGAAGUCCCGCCCCUUUUGAUGUUAUCUGAUCAGUGAUGGAGAAGUGGCAUUGAUGAGCAUAGUGGUGUUCAAAAAAUUGAAUUAAUCUAAUCUAAUUGGUAGAGAAAAUAUGCACUACUGACAUAAAAAAAUACCAUCAGUGGACAAAAACCUUUACUGUUUACUGUUUUUUUACUCAGGUUGUAAAUGGGCGCACAAGGCGACCACUUGACAACCCAGUUGAAAUUCAUCCAGAAGCCAUCAAGUUUGGCACUUUGGUAGUUGCCAUCUUGGUCCAUUGGAGCCAGAAGUGAUGAUGUUUGAGUGAACAGCUGGCUGUGUUGUGCUUCCAUCCUGGUAGCUGAGCCAUGUUGGUAGUAGCAUAAACGAUUUUAGAACCAUCUCACUCUUCCUUUUCAGACAUCUUUGUGCCCCCUCACUGCUCAGCUCAUUUUGUCUGGAUUUCUGCACAUCCUCAACAAGCUUGUGGAUACAGACCAAAAGCUGCAGUACCACUGAGAACAGUGGGAGCUGUGCAGCUAACAGUUCCAACCAUCACCUUUGUAAAGUUCCAAAAACGUAACCCCCUUGCCAUAUGGCGUCCACCACUAACAACACUGCCUCUGAUUUUUCCCUUUUUUUUUUUUUUAAACAAAUGCAUAAUUAUUCCCUUCUAUGUUGCCUUGCUUGUUGUUGUCAUAAAGUUUUGACCGGUCUCCUCUUUCUUCUUUAGGGUUACUUUUAGGUCUAAGUGGCUCCUCCACUUCUUGUGGUUUGAGGUAGCCAGACCUGCAUGUUUUGGUUUGUCAAGAGCGGCUAAUACUGUAUUGGAAAUCCUUCACUGUCCAUGAAUGUCUCAACAGAAAGAGCCCCUUUGUUGGCAUCUGUCGCCGGAAACAUUCAUAUUUCUAUUUCGUUACUUUUCUCUCGGUGUCUGUUGUCAAAUUUAGAGCCAUAAUUCACCCUUUCAAGCAGAUGUUUUAAUUCCCUGUCUGAACUAGAAGCUGUGUGUCUUAAGGUUGUUGAUUUUAGUCUGUAUUUUCUUGACUUACUUAUCAUCCUUGUCGUCCUCAGUUCCAGUGACCAUGGACCCAAACACAGGCUCUGUGUGUCUUGGCGUGUCCCCUGACCUCUCCAGUGUGUUUGUUUGUGAGAAGCAGCCUCUCCCAGAAAACCCAGAGAGGUUUGUGAGCCCACAGAGUAUCCUGGGUUCGGACGAGUUCACCUCAGGGAGGCACAGCUGGGAGGUGGAGGUGGGAGACAACAGUCACUGGUCUCUGGGUGUGGCUAUUGAGACGAUCCGUAGAAAGGACUGGUCUGACUCAGAGCGGAACGUGACCCCUGCGUUAGACUCAGAUCCAGACCCUGGUGGUGGUCUGUGGACUGUUUCCCUUUCCUCUGGAGAGUACCAGGCCUCCCCUGGUCACAGCGCCUCCCUCAGACUGAGACGAAAGCCACGCAGAGUCAGGAUCCAGCUGGACUGGGAGAGAGGCUGCCUGACUUUCUCUGACGCCAGUGACAACACCCUGAUCCAUCGUUUCAAACAACAGUGGAGCGGCACAUUGAGACCCUACUUCUCCACCACCUGCUCCAAACACCCUCUGAAGAUCUCAGCUGGGAAGGUGACUGUUACUGUGGACUAGCAACAAACCAGUAUUUCUGUAUCUCAGCUCUGGCUGUAAAACACUGUGUACACUAUGUGCGUCCUGCAGAUUGCACUGAUUUUUGUAGAAGGAUAAUGCCUCACAGGGUUAUUGUGCAAUAUCUUGGAAUGACGAUAUGCUUUAUUGCUUAAUCAGAGCCGAUCAAGUAGAUCAUCAUUGCCAAACUUGUGCAGCAGUUUUCACCUGCAAGUAAAACUAUUGACUCAUUUGUCUAUCUCUCACCUUAUUUUCAUUCAGUUAAAUAGAAAUGAAUUGAAAAAUGAAAAAGAUUAAUGUGCUUUUUAGUUCAUUGUGUGUGCACCACUUUUGUCACAAUAAAGUAUCAGGCUGCACUCUGCAGCAGCAAAACUGCCACUCCAUCUGUAACACAGCCAGCAUGGUAACCAUAAAACUGUAAACUAGUCAACCACAUUUAGGUUAGACCUGGAGCAUAACUGGAGGAACAGAGAGACAGAAAGU